AGAAUACCUUGUAUACUCAAUAGAGGAGUAAAAUGCGACCAAAGUUAAAUUCUCCUGCUGAUCUGUCUCGUCUGCCAAUGGAUCAAUCAAAUGGCAACAGCUGGUUGGGUGUACCUUGAGCUACGGUGGGUAUGUGUCAAUUGUGUCAAACAUAGAUACAUUGAUACUGUACAUGCUCCGGAAGGCCCAACGUACCUCCAGCCUAUCCUGGUAGCCGUCCACGCAUCCCAGAUGUCGUCCUGCACUGUUACUGUGACAAUGGUCGAUAUAUCAAUACCACUCCAUGUAUGGAGUACAUGCCGGCCCCACCCAGAGGACGUCAAGCCAACGCUUAAAUUAUCAGCUUCUGGACUAGUUGUCAAUAGCAGAGGGAAAAGCAUAACACCUAGUCUCGUCUGCCGGCUUAUGAAUCAGGCGUGCAGGGACCUGAUUUGCACGUUGACUCAUCCUUCCCUGAGUAACCAUUUCUAUCCUAUCAUAGCACCAUCAGGCGUUGUCUAUGAGGUAUCGAGCCGACAAGAUGUCACAUCGAUUAAUAAUAUGAGGCAUGACCUCACACCUUUUCCAAUGAACCAAGGUCAAUGCAGAACCCUAUCUGUAUGAGAACCGGGACAAAAAUAGUAAAAGGGCUAAUCUGGACGGAACGACCUGCCCCAGAGAAAAAAAAAAAAGUCACCUUAUCCGACAGAUCGAACCAGAUUGGGCCUUAGGCCA